AUGGCGACCUAUACACAUCCCCCGAAGGAACCGAUUGCUAUUAUCGGCAGCGGAUGCCGCUUCCCAGGGAAUGCUAGCUCGUCGUCUCGGUUGUGGAACUUGCUUGCCUCUCCUCGGGAUCUGUCUAGACGAGUACCAGAGACCCGAUUUAACCCUGAUGGAUUCUAUCACGUUAACGGAGAGCAUCAUGGUGCCAGCAAUGUCACCAAGUCUUACUUCCUGGAUGAAGAUCCACGACUGUUCGAUUCUGUCUUUUUCAACAUCACGCCGAGGGAGGCAGAGGCAAUCGAUCCACAGCAGAGGCUGCUCCUGGAGACCGUGUUCGAGGCGAUGGAGUCAGCUGGCCUCACCAUCAAAGGCCUCCAGGGAAGUCAAACGUCGGCCUAUGUUGGCAUCAUGACUGCCGACUACACCGAUACCCACGCCAGGGACCCCGAGUUGUUUUCUCAGUACCAGGCAACUGGAACGUCCAGAUCGCUGGUAUCCAAUCGACUCUCAUACUUCUUCGAUUGGAAGGGGCCGUCCAUGACUGUCGACACGGCUUGCUCGUCUAGCUUGACGGCUAUCCACCUCGCUUCGCAGAGCCUCCGCAGCGGCGAAAGUGAGGUUGCCUGUGCCGCAGGAGCAAACCUGCUGCUUGGGCCCGACCUCUUCAUUGGCGCAACAAGCCUUCACAUGAUCUCGCCGUCAGGGAAGUCUCAGAUGUGGGAUGCCGGGGCCGAUGGCUACGCCCGCGGUGAAGGAAUUGCGGCUGUUUUCCUCAAGACCCUGUCGCAGGCUCUCAAGGACGGCGACCGAAUUGAGGCCCUGAUUCGGGAGACAGGGGUCAAUUCUGAUGGCCGGACCAAGGGCAUCACGCUUCCCAGCCCCGAAGCACAGGCAAGGUUGAUAAGGGAUACUUACCAAAACGCUGGCCUGGAUAUCCUGGAUCCCAAGGACAGGCCGCAGUACUUUGAGGCUCACGGAACCGGAACUCAGGCCGGAGACCCAAGAGAAGCGUCAGCAAUCAAGUCUGCCUUCUUCCCAAACGAAGAGCAAGACACCAAACUUCUCGUUGGCUCCAUCAAGACCAUCAUCGGACACACGGAAGGGUGUGCUGGCAUCGCCGGCGUUCUCAAGGCCAGCUUGGCGAUGCAGAACAAAACAGUCCCGCCGAACCAGCACCUCAAGAACCUCAACCCCAGUGUGAGCCCCUCAUACGGCAACCUGCGUAUUCCCACCGAGAUCACUCCGUGGCCCGAAGUUCCAAAGGGCCACCCACUCCGAGCCAGUGUUAACAGCUUCGGAUUCGGGGGGACGAAUUCCCACGCCAUCAUUGAGACCUAUGUCCCAGAACUACACGACAGCGGUCCCUGGGGAAAGGGGCGCAGCAGUCUGUCAGAGGUAGCGCUGCAGGCUCUUGAUAGAAACUUCUCAGCCGUACCACUUGUUUUAUCUGCCAACUCCGACAAGGCCCUGAUUGCGAUGGCGACAGGAUAUGCCGAGUUCUUGAGGUCGGAAAAAGUGAACAUCUCCCACCUCACUUGGACUCUGCAAGCCCGGCGCACUGCUCUGCCCCACAAGAUUUGUUUCUCGGGCACGACACAGGAGGACAUUCUGGCAGACAUUGAGAAGAAGCUCGCCAAAAUUGAAGAUCGCUCUGGGGUCGAGUUCGGGUUCCGAUCCAGCUUUCCCGCCAACGACCAAGACCCACGCAUCCUGGGAAUCUUCACUGGCCAGGGCGCCCAAUGGCCCCAGAUGGGCCGCCAUCUCAUACUGAACUUGCAUCGGUUCAGGUCGACUAUUGAGGUGCUGGAGGAGUCACUCAGAGCCCUCCCUGAUCCUCCCACCUGGUCCUUGACGGCCGAGCUUAUGGCCGAACCGGCAACGUCCCGGCUGGACGAGGCAUCUAUCUCGCAACCGCUGUGCACAGCCGUGCAGGUUGCGCUGGUUGACAUGCUGAAGGACUCGGGCGUCGUCUUCCAUACAGUCGUCGGCCACUCCUCCGGAGAGAUCGCUGCAGCGUAUGCCGCCGGGAGGAUAUCCGCCGUCGACGCCAUCCGCAUUGCCUACUACCGGGGCGUGCACGCAAAGCUCGCCCGAGGGAGGGCGGGACAGAAGGGAUCCAUGAUCGCGGUUGGAUUCGGGAUAGGUGAGGCUAGGUCGUUCUGCAGCUCGCCCGAUCUUCUAGGACGACUCGCGGUGGCGGCGAGUAACGCCUCCGGGAGCGUCACGCUCUCAGGGGAUGAGGAUGCCGUACAGGCGGCGAAGAAGCGACUCGAUGCGGAAGGGCUCUUCAACAGGGUCCUCAAGGUCGACACGGCCUAUCACUCGCAUCACAUGGAGCCCUGUGCGGAAGCCUACGUUGAGUCUCUCCGGUCCUGCGACAUCCAAGUCCAGCCAGGGAAUGGCCGAUGCACUUGGGUGUCGAGCGUGUAUGGCUCGUCCAGAACUCCAACCGCGGAGGAACUCCGCGGCAGUUACUGGCGUGACAACAUGGUGCAGACGGUGCUCUUCUCGCAGGCUGUGGACCAGGCGGUCGACGUGCUCGAUCCGUUCGACUUGAUCCUCGAGGUCGGACCGCACCCGGCGCUCCGUGGCCCGACCCUCCAGACGGCCAAGGAGAAGCUCGGCCGCGAGAUCCCGCACGCGGGCGUCCUGGACCGGAAGAAGAACGACGUGGUGGCGUUCUCGGACGCCCUGGGCUCCAUCUGGACGCGACUCGGCGCCGAGUCGGUCGACUUCUCGGGCUACUACGCGUCCGCCACCGCAGGCGCGGCGAGGCCGACCCCCAUGGCGGGGCUGCCCACCUACCCGUGGGAGCACGACAGCGUCCUGUGGCGGGAGUCGCGGCUCAACAAGCAGUUCCGCUCCAGGAGCCAGCCGCCCCACGAGCUGCUCGGGGUCAGGACGCCCGACGACACCCCACACGAGCCGCGGUGGCGCAACUUGCUGAAGCUGGAGGAGUUGCCUUGGCUCGGUGACCACCGCGUCCAGGGCCAGGUCGUCGUCCCUGGUGCGACAUACUGUGUUAUGGCCCUGGAGGCAGCCAAGGUUUUGAGUGGCGGGAGGGCGCUGCGCAUGGUUGAGCUGCGCGACUUGGUCAUUCAGAGGGCCAUCGUCCUCGACGAGGCCUCCGAGGCUACCGAGACGUUGUUCUCGCUAAGGGAGACCGGGGUGCGGGCGGGCAAGUCGGGUGACUACCGGGAGAUCAUCACGGCGGACUUUAGCCUCAGUGCUGGUGCUGUUGAGGAUGGGGUCAUGAGGAAGGUGUGCCACGGAGAGCUGCACAUCUACACUGGCGAUGACCCGGAGCCCAUGCUUCCCCACCGCCCCGAUGCCCAGCCGGGACUGAGUCACAUGAGCAUUGAACGCUUCUAUUCCUCCGUCGGAGAGAUCGGGCUGCAGUACUCGGGCCCCUUCAAGGGCCUGAUAUACGCCGAGCGGCGCAUGGAUCUGCUGUCCGGCGUGGUGGCCAGGCACGACGUCGCCGCCGGCUUGCCCGUGCACCCUACCUGGCUCGACGUCUGCUUCCAGGCCCUCUUCGCGGCAUUCGCGGCGCCCGGGGACGGCACCCUGUGGACCGCCUUCGUGCCGAGCUCCAUCCGCCGCAUCAAGUUUGGUCCCAUGGCCGGCGUCGUGGCCGAGGGCGGAUCCCCCACCUACAGCGUCGAUGCCUACUUGACCGGCUUCCAGCCUGCGCAGCCGUCUCUGCUGUCGACGAUCACGGGGGAUAUUAGCGUCUUCAACGGGUCGACCGGGGCGAUGGAUAUCCAGAUCGAGGACCUGAUUAUGACGGCGCUGCUUCCGUCGACGCCGAGUGAUGACCGGCAGAUGUACCUCCGGACUGUCUGGAAGGAAGAUAUCAACUCGGGCAUUGUGGUCCCGGAUGACAUCUUUGACUCUGGCACAGACCUUGAGGUUGCUGAUGCCUGUGACCUUGUUGCGUUUGAUUAUCUGCAAAAGCUCGAGAAGUCGAUCGCAGUUGGAAACAAAGCCGGCCCGGACAAUCCGUUUCGGCCGAUGCUGGAAGACCAGCACCACCUGGCAAAGAACCGAGGUUCGGAGCACCAGCCGCACAUCUCCAGCAUCAAGAACUCCUUCCGAGACUCCAUCGACAUGCAGCUGGUAGCCGCCGUGGGAGACAACCUGCUCAAGAAAUAUCGGGGCCAGAACCACCAGCAAGGCUUGCACUCAACAAGGCUUUUAUUUGCGCAGCUUCUCAGAAACGGCAUCGGAGCCCACCGCCAGAGCACCCAGCUCCUCCACGCUGUCAAGCAGAUCAUCCACCGAUACCCUCGCCUGAGGAUACUGCAGGUCGGCGCCGACUCAAACGUCGAUCUCCGGAGCCUGGUCGCGGAGCUUGGCGAAGCUUUCGGCUCCUACACUGUGGUAGAUGAAUCAUCGACAGCGCUGAAUGAGCUGCAGGGACAAACAAGCGAUCCGCGAGUCAAGUUCCUACAGCUUCGGAUGGGCGAAGAUCUAGCCGGCCAGGAGGUCGAGCCCGGCUCGUUCGAGCUCGCCAUCUGCAGUCGCCGGAGCAGCUGGAACGCACCGCGUGUGCUGGGCAAUGUGCGGGCGCUGCUCCGCCCCGGCGGCUACCUGCUAUUCCUGGACUUGGCGCACGACGUGCUGCGGCAUUCCUUUGUCGUGAUGGGACUCGGCCUGCUCGAUGGGAGUGUGCCUGCCAAUUUGCGGGGCGGGUUGUUGUCUCCUGUCCGGUGGGAUAAGACUUUGAGGGAAAGCGGAUUUACGGGCGUGGAUGGGGCAGUUCACGAUAGUGAGACGCUGGGGGAGAAUUCGCGGGUGCUCCUGGUUUCGCAGGCUACCGACGACGUUAUCAACCUCAUUCGGCACCCCCUCGAGGUGUCGGAUGUCAGUCGUUUUCCUGGCCUAGCUGACAGAGUACUGUUCAUUGGCGGGCGGACUCUCAAGACGAAAAAGGUCAUCUCCAAGCUACGGUCUUUGAUGAGGACUUGGGACAUCGACGUGGUCACCACCGAGUCUCUCCGGGAUCUUGACGCCGAUCAGUUAUUGACUGUCGACUCUGUGGUCAGCUUGGCAGACCUGGAUUCCCCGACCUUCAAGCACCUCGACGCAAAGACGUUGGCGAAUCUCCAGCAAAUCUGCAAUCUUGCCAAGAUAAUACUCUGGGUAACCACCGGAGCCACUGGAGACGAUCCAUAUCACAGCGCCAUUGUCGGUCUGGGAAGAACGAUCCUGAGCGAGAACCCGCAACUCUCGUUGCAGCUCAUCGACGUGGAUGCCAUCGAAGGGAGCGAAACCUUCCUCGCUGAAUCGUUCAUCAGGCUCAAGGUCUCAAAUCUUCCCGGAGUGCACAAGGACUCUCAUCUCUGGUCUGUUGAGACGGAGCUCGCAGUUGUAGGGGGAAAAGUCAUGAUUCCACGCGUGGUGCUCGACGUCGAACGGAACAACCGCCUCAACUCGAACAGGCGGGUCAUCAACUCAACCACAUCGGACCAGGGCGAUACCCGGCGCCUCGAGCUCCUUCCCUACCCAUCAGCGACAAAAGGGAAUAUCGUCGGUACGGUUUGGCUAGACGUCGAGUGCAGCUCCGCCAAUCCCGUGGUUCUGCAGAGAGGAGGUGGACUAUACGUCUGCAUAGGGACCGCCGAUGGAAACGGCUCGCGACUCGUUGCCUUCUCGCCGGAGAAUGCUUCGCGUCUAGGCGUCAAGAGAGACGGCACAAUCCGCUGCGACCUAAUCCCUGGCUCCGAGGCGGAGGUGUUGUCAGCUCUCGCGUGCUUUAUCCAAGCUUCGGCCAUCACGGCGUCCAUUACCAGGGGACAAACCGCCGUGGUAGUGGGAGCUGACCGAAAGCUGAUACGCGCCCUGCGGAAGACGGUCCUAGAGGCUGGCAAGAAAGUCAUCUUCCUGACCACCGACCAAUCCGUGGCAGGCUAUGAGGCAACUGUUGUUGUACAUCCGCAGGCUUCUGAGAGGCAAGUCAGGGCGCAGCUUCCGGGAAAUAUUGGGAUCUACAUCGACUGUUCCACUGCCGGCAGUGCCCUGGAAAAGUCAUUAGUGGAACGCUUAGCAGCUGGAGGUGCAGUCGUCAAGUCUGGCAUCCACACCACCACCAUAGCUCCUGAUGUGAAGCUGGACGAGCUCCUCUCGUCGGCCCUCCGGCUCGCAAAGACCUACACACUAGAGAGCCCCAACGCUUUCUCCAGCUCCGCAGUCUCGGUCUCAGAGCUGGUAUCCGAUAGACAUAAAGCCGUACCCUGGGCCAUCGUCGACUGGACCCUCGACCAGAAGCUAACCAUCCAGCAGCUCCCCACGACCUCGCACCAGCUCUUCCGCGGGGACCGGACAUACAUCCUCUUCGGGCUCACCGGCCAGAUCGGGCAGUCCAUUACCCGGUGGAUGGUCAGCAACGCGGCGCGGCACAUCGUCGUCGCCAGCCGCAACCCCAGCCAGGAUGCCGCGUGGAAGGACGAGCUCCGCGGUCGGGGCGCGGUGGUUCGCGUCGAGGCCGUCGAUAUUACGGAUAAAUCAGACGUCGGACGGCUCUGCCGCGAGGUCGAAUCUACCAUGCCACCAGUGGCGGGGGUUGCUAACGGGGCGAUGGUGUUGUCUGAUGGGCUGUUUGCUGAUAUGAGCCUCGAGGGCAUGCAGAGGGUGCUGAGACCCAAGAUGGAGGGAUCCAGGAUCUUGGACGAGGUCUUUGGUUCUCGGGACUUGGACUUCUUUAUCAUUUUCUCGUCGCUGUCGGGGGUGAUUGGCAUGCCAAGUCAGUCGAACUAUGCUGCCGCGAACAUGUACAUGGUCGGUCUCGCUGCGCAGCGCAGAAAGCGGGGCCUGGCCGCCUCCGUCGUCGACCUGGGCAUGAUCCUCGGCAUCGGCUACAUCAGCCGGGCCGAGGGCGACGAAGGUAAGGGGACUGUCGAGACUUCGUUGAGAAAGCAGAACUACAUGCCGGUCGCCGAACGAGACAUGCACCACAUACUCACCGAGGCCAUCGUGGCGGGGAAGUACGGCCCUCCGGACGAGUGCGAGAUCAUCACGGGGCUGGAGAGAUACGAUCCCUCGGCCGAGAACCACCCCGUGUGGCUCAGGAACCCGCGAUUCUCCCACCUGAUCAAGUCGAGCGCCUCCGCGGAUAAGCGUGGGAUGAACAGUGCCGAGAAGAGCCUUAGGGCCGAGCUUGAUGUUGCGGAAGGUCUCCUUGUCAACCAGAUUAGUGUCAGCAUCCCAAUUAUCGAUCUUGGAAUCGACUCGCUGGUGGCUGUCGAGAUCCGCACGUGGUUCUCGGCCGAAACUGGGCAGGAUAUUCCUGUGCUGAAGAUAUUGGGAGGGGCGACAAUCAGGCAACUCUGUACCGAAGUUGCAGCUGGUCUGUCACUCGGACCGAACCAUCGUGAAGCCACAGCUUCUACAGUGGAGGUGGAGGCACGGAUAGAGUCCGAUGUUGAGAAGCCAGGUCAAUCUCCGAGUACGCCGAGUCCCCUGAUCGACUCAUUAUUACUCCCCGCCACUCCAAACUCGGAAAAGUCUACGAUAUACGCGACAGACGGCGCAGACACGCCGCCGAGCAGCGUGCAAUCAGUCGUUGGCAUCGGAUCUAAGCAAGACAGCCCCGCCGUGGUGCGGAUAGCGCCUCUGUCUCUGGGCCAGGCUCGGUUCUACUUCCCGUCACUAUACCUGGAUGACAAGUCUCCAUUCAACUGCACGACUUCGUACCGCAUCACCGGGCCACUUGACCUCCAGCGGCUAGCCAAGGCACUGCGCACGGUAACGCAGCGGCAUGAAAUCUUGCGGACAUCUUUCACGACGGACCCGGCAACCGGAAAGGGAGUCCAGUCUGUGCUCGAGACUUCCACCUUCCAGAUGAAGACAAUCUCGUCCAGUGAUGAAACUGCGGUGGAGGCCGAGUUUCGACGCAUGCACAGCCACGCCUUUGACCUCGAGAGAGGCGACACGCUCAGGGCGACGGUGCUGUCCCACAGCACAAGGAAACACACCAUCAUAUUUGGCUACCACCACAUCGUCAUGGACGGCGUAAGCUGGCAGGUCUUCCUGCAGGACGCUGCCGACUAUUACAGCGACGCAGCUGGGUCACCCCUUAACAUGCAGUACAUCGACUUCGCGAAGAAACAGGCCGAUGACCUCUCGUCUGACGCCUACAAGGAACGGCUAGAGUACUGGAAGUCCGAGUUCCCAACACCGCCAGACCCGAUGCCGUUGUUCCCGUUCGCAAAGGUCAGCGUGAGGAAGGCGGUCACCCAUUACAAGACGCGCGACGUCGUGACGCACGUCGACCGCGAGUUCGUGGCGCGGAUCCGACAGGCAGCGCAGGGGUCGCGCGCAACAUCGUUCCACUUCUGGUUCACCGUCUUCCAGGCGAUGCUGUACCGGUUCCUCAGCGUCCCGCAGCUGUGCAUCGGCAUCGUCGACGCGAACCGCUCCGACCAGGCAUUCGCCAAGACCAUCGGCUUCCUGCUCGAGAUCAUGCCCGUCAAGUUCGUCCCGGACGGGACCCAGAAGUUCAGCACCAUGGUCCAGAACACACGGUCUAAGAUCUACGGCGCCCUGGGCCGCAGCGGGGUCCCGAUCGAGGAGAUCGCCCGCGCCUGCGGCGUCCCGGCGAGCACGACCGAGACGCCGCUCUUCCAGGCCGUGUUCAACUACCGCAUGGGCGCGACGAGGACGCCCGACAUGGACGGCGUCAAGAUGGGGCUGCUCGACUAUGCCGAUGCCACGACCCCGUUUGACCUCUCCAUCUCGGUCGACGAAAAGGACGACGGGACGGGCAUGAUUACUUUUGCGAUGCUCGACUAUUUGUACGACAGCGAGGGCGCCGACAUACUGGUCAACACGUACAAGCACAUGCUCGACGUGUUGUCUCGAGACCCUUCCAUCGUGGUCGAUGACAUCCCGCUGUUUCCCCCGGCCAUGAUAGACGAGGCCGUGGCUUUGGGGACUGGUCCGGUCGUGUUAGAUAACGGCAACUGGCCGCGGAAGGAGACCGUGUCCCAGCGGAUUGCUUCGUGGGCUGCCAAGGAUCCAGACGCGGUCGCAGUCAAGGACAUGACCGGCUCGACCAAAACCUACUAUCAGGUAUCGCGCCGCGCAGAUGCUAUCGCCGGUGCCCUCCGCCGAGUGGGUGUCUCGGCCGGUUCCUUUGUGUGUGUCCUGAGCGAGCCGACCGUCGACACCGUCAGCUACAUCCUGGCCAUCCUCCGGCUCGGGGCCAUAUACGUCCCUCUGGACAUCCGGAACACCGACGAGAGGCUCCUGGCCGUCAUCGAGGAAUCCAUGGCCGGGUUCCUGCUUUUCCAAACAGCAACCAAGGAUAGAGCGAUGAAGCUACGGCGACAGGACACGAAAUGCCUAAACCUCUCUGUCCUCCCGCAGGACAGCUCGACAGCUAUCGUCAUUGACGUCUCAAAACCAGACAGUCUAGCCUUUGUGCUGUAUACAUCGGGGUCGACAGGCCGACCCAAGGGAAUCGCGCUGACAAACAUCAACAUGUCGGUCCAGAACGCCUCCGUCACCCAGCGCCUGAACCUCGGGCGCGAGGUAGUGCUGCAGCAGAGCGGGCUGGGCUUCGACGCAUCGCUGUGCCAGAUCUUCAUGUGCCUCUGCAACGGCGGCACCCUCGUCAUGGGCGACAACAGGGGCGACCCCGCCGACCUCGCGGCCCUGGUGGAGCGCGAGCGCGUGACUUUCACCAUUUGCAUGAUGUCCGAGAUGGCCGCCAUCAUCCGUCACGGCCGCGAAGCCCUCGCCCGCUGCUCCUCCUCCUGGCGCCUGGCCAUGUGCGCAGGCGAGGCGUUCACUCCGCAGCUCGCCGAGCUGUUCGCCGGCCUCGACCUGCCCGGCCUCAGGGUCGUCAACGCGUACGGGCCCACCGAGGGCACCAUCAUGGCCACUAUUGGCGACGUUGCCUACCGCGAAAUCACCACGGCGAGCGACGCGACAAUCAGUGUUGGCGAGGUGAUCCCCGGCUACGGCGUCUACAUCGUCGACGACGACGACGCGAAACCCCUCCCCCGCGGCUGGCCCGGCCAGGUCGCCCUCGCGGGACCGGGCAUCGCCUCGGGCUACCUGCACAACCCUGACCUGACCGACGCCAAGUUCAGGCCCGACACCAUAUCCCCCAGGCGGCCGCCGGCUGUUGCUGCUGCUAAUACCGAGUCGGCGGGACGGGGAAGGCUGUACCUCACGGGCGACAAGGGCCGGCUCCUCCGCGGCGGCCGCUUCGUGAUCCUGGGACGCACCGAUGGCGAUAGCCAGGUCAAACUGCGCGGGAUGCGCGUCGAGCUGCAGGAGGUGGCACGGGCGAUGCUGCGCGCCUCGGAGGGCGUGUUGGCGGAUGCGGCCGUCGUUGCGCGCGGUGGCGGUGGCGGUGGGGAGGGGGCGGGACGGUUCCUCGUCGCGUUUGUCGUGUUUGCUGGCGGGCACGGCGUCGAUGAUGCCGAGGCCUACCUGGCUGGGCUUGUCCGCGGGCUGCCCCUUCCGGCGUACAUGCGUCCGGCCCUGGCAGUGCCGAUCGAUAGUCUCCCUGUGACGGGGCGCGGGAAGUUGGACACCAGGGCGUUGGCGGCGUUGCCUCUGCCCGAACUCUCUGGUACUGAGGACGAUGAUGCCGCUGCGGACGAGCUGACCGAGACCGAGAGCCGGCUCAGGGGGGUGUGGCGGGAUGUGCUCUCCGAAGUCGGCGUCAACCUCGCCAUCAAAAAGACGUCCGACUUCUUCUCGGUGGGUGGCAACUCGCUGCUGCUCAUGCAGCUCCGCGUCAAGAUCCGCAAGACCUUCGACGUCGACAUCCCCCUCGUCGAGCUGUUCCAGUCCAGCACCCUGGAGGCCCUGGCCGCGCGCCUCUCCGGCACAGCCCACGGACAAGAAGCCAUCGAUUGGGAAGAGGAGACGCGCCCCGGCGACGACAGGCCGAUAAUCCCACCCCAACUCUGGCCACAGCCCGACCAAACAUCCCCCCCUGCCCACGAUGGCGGACCCAUCACCGUCCUCCUCACCGGCGCAACAGGCUUCCUCGGCAGCGGCCUCCUCCGCCACCUCCAAGCCCACCCACGCGUGUCGCGUAUCCACUGCGUCGCCAUCCGCCCCGGCCGCAGCCUACCCCUGACCUCCCCCAAAAUCGUCCCCCACGCAGGCGACCUAUCCCUCCCACUCCUCGGCAUGGACCCGUCCGAAGCGGCAUCCGUCCUCGCCGAGACACACGUCAUCAUCCACAACGGCGCCGCCGUGUCGCACCUCAAGAGCUACGCCACCCUCAGCCCCGCCAACGUCGCCUCCACGAGGGUCCUCGCCCGCCUGGCACUCGCCAGCCGCCGGCGGUCCCCGCCCCCCGCCUUCCACCUCGUCUCUACCGCCGGCGUCGCCCGCCUGUCCGGCCGCGACGCCCUCCCAGAGGUGUCCCUGGCCGCGCACCCGCCCCCCACCGACGGAACCGACGGGUAUGUCGCCACCAAGUGGGCGGGCGAGCGCCUGCUCGAGCGGGCCGCGGCUGGGGCUGGGGUCGAGGGGUGGCGCGUCUACGUGCAUCGGCCGAGUAGCAUCACGGCUGGGGAUGGGGGGGACGGCGUCCCUGGGAGUGAUAUCACGCAUAACACGCUGCGGUAUUCGAGGCUGCUGAGGGCGGUGCCGGAUCUUGCGGGCGCGACGGGGGCGUUUGACUUUGUUGAUGUUGAGACUAUCUCUGCGCGGAUUGUCGGGGAUGCGGUGGAGAGUGUGGCGGGGAGGGGGGAGGGUGGGCGGGGGGUGGUGUAUAGGCACCAGAGUGGCGAGACGGUGGUGCCGGUUGGGCGGUUGAGGGAGUUCCUGGGACACUCCGAGGAGGCUCCGUUUGAGGUGCUGGAGAUGGAUGCUUGGGUCAAGGCUGCGGUGGGUGUUGGGAUGGAUGAGCUGGUUGGGAGCUUUCUUGCGGCGACGAAGGGGAGGAUUCAUAUGCCGUUGCUGGUCAGAGGUGAUGAA